AGCGUCUUAAUGGCAGAAUUGAUUGCAACCACAAAACAAUAGAACAUCUCUGUCCGAAGGUGGUCAUUCAGAUAAAGACACACAGCCAAACUUCUCAAAGGCAUGAAGACAUGACAGAAACUUAGAAGGUUGUGGACUGUCCUCAACAAUUUGAGCAGGCCCCAGCGCAUGUGUAUAUGAUAAAAGGGAGACUACUGUAUGUCAAAGGAACUUUGAAGAAACAGGAUGAGCCCCAGAGGACAGCUUAUCCAAAUCACAAACAUUAAGCAAACAUGUGCCACAUCUGGUAAUGAAAAAGCAGAGAGACAGAGGCAGAAAAAGAGAAAGAGAAAGAGAGAGAGAGAGAGAGAGAGAGAGAAAGGGAUGAGGGAGAGCCUCUCUUCUGCUGACUGAAGGGUAUAUAAGACAGUGUAUCGUCUCGGUCGUCAGUGUCGCUGUGAGCUCACUGUUACAGCAACUGAAACGUUUCUCAGUCAGCAUGCAGGAUCCCAAUCACAGAGGGGCUCUUCUCGCCUGGUGCCUUGUGUUUUUGGUACUUGUCCAGCAGGUGACCUGCAAUCCUGUGCCAAAGUCGGACACACCUUCAACUUCUGUGCAGGAAGUUCAAAGGUCACUGAAGAGGACAGCUCGAAUGACCCCGUUAUGGAGGAUCAUGGGUACUAAACCUCACGGCGCCUACUGCCAGAACAACUAUGAGUGCUCGACAGGAAUAUGCAGAAAAGGCCACUGUUCCUACAGCCAACCGAUUAAUUCCUAAAAUGAAGACUCCUUCCUUCUCUGAUCUGACGUUUCUACACCAUCAUGCAUGACGAGAGCUUGAUUCAGUGAGCAACAGGAGGCAACCGAAUGUGCAAUGCAGUUAAUCAUCAGUUAGACAUAUAGCAAGCCACAAAUGAGGCAAUAGGUAAUGUUCUGCAAGAUUAUGCUUAUCAUAAGGUACAUAAGAUGUGGACUCUUUUGAGAGAGCUAAGAAAAUCAACAUAAACCUCAUAAUUCACUUGCACAGUGGUAUUGCUAUAUACAAGAAGCAUUAUGAGUGACAUAUUUUUUCGAUAGACAUAUUUCAGGUGGUGCUGGGAAGGUGAUACAGUGCGUGUUUUGGGUCAGUUUCCCUGAACCAGAUUUCCCUGGAUGUCCAUAGAGCAGAGUUAUAGCCUUUGGCACAAAUAGCUCAUCUCAGGACUAAACUUAGUCCAAACAUGGAAACUGGUCUGUUGUAUUAGAUCAUGUUACUUGAAAGCUAUAUAUGCAAGUGUAGGCAAACGUGUCUGCCUUAUAGCUCAACCCAAGUGUCGUUGAACCAAAGCUAGUCUGGAGAAAAAGGGACAGAGAAAGUGCAAAGGUUGCCGUUAUUGAUUGUGCCUAGAUAUUAUUAACCAUUUGCCUCCAUCCUGUGCCUUUAUCUGUGUGCUCACGUUUGUUUUAUUUAAUUUUAGACUCAUUUACCUGUCACUAUUUAUGUUGUUAUAUUCAAGUAUCUCCACCUCAUCUCAUAGAUCAGGAUUUACAAGCAUCGUUUCAGUAUGGGACUACUUAUUUAUUGUAUUUCUCUUUUCAUUUUGUAUGACUCAACAGUUCAUUUAAAGCUCCAUUUUUACGUAUCUGACUAUAUAAGACCAUAAGAUUUAUACGUUAUAUUUACUGUACUGUAACUUUAUAUGUGCAUGUCUCAUAUGAGUGAACUUUAUAGGGUUCUGAAAUAAAAAUGUUCUGAGAAAAUGG